AUGAUCGAUGCCGAUGGCCAACAGUUAGGAAUUUAUCGAAAGUCUCAUAUACCAGAUGGCCCUGGAUAUCAGGAGAAGUUUUACUUCACACCUGGUGACACCGGUUUCCGCACCUUCAAAACUAGAUAUGCCGCCAUUGGCGUCGGCAUUUGUUGGGAUCAAUGGUUCCCUGAGGCUGCUCGAUGCAUGGCUCUACAAGGAGCGGAGCUUCUCAUGUAUCCCACCGCCAUUGGGUCUGAGCCUCAAUACCCCGCGAUGGACACUUGUGCACAAUGGCAGCGCUGUAUGCAGGGGCAUGCAGCUGCUAACAUGAUCCCUAUUAUCGCUUCAAACCGCGUUGGAAAAGAACUUUCCAUGGCGUCUGACAUAUCUGUCACUUUCUACGGUUCCUCAUUUCUCACCGACCAUUACGGCGCAAUCGUCGCCGACGCUGGUCGUCACCAGGAUAGCACCUUAAUGCACACAUACAACCUUGAUGAGAUGCGUUCAGCGAGGCAUCAGUGGGGUAUUUUCCGCGACCGUCGCCCAGACCUCUACACCGCUCUUUUUUCGUUCGACGGUAGCGCCGCAGCACAUGUGGUGACAGAUAACAGGCGCGCUCCUUCUUUACCAUCCCCAUUCCACACUGCCCGCGCUGUAGGGCCGGCGCAAGUGGCGAUGCCGGGCCUGACCCACCCCAAGAAAAUCGGCGAUCCAGACACGCUUGUUCCUCCUCAUGCAAUGGUUCCUGUUGUCGAAGAGACGAGGCGCGGGGGGCUGGGGCACACAUUUGAUCUCCAUGAAGCUUCUUUCAUUGGCGACGUCAAAGCCAGCGCGCAGCGUAGACCCCGAGGACGGUGUUGGGUAUGCCGUGCAAAGACAACCUACGAGUGUAAACUUUGCACACCGGGACCGGUGCCGUUGUGUAAUAGGACGGCUAGGGAGUGCUGGUGGAAAUACCACGCCGGGGAAAUUACCCAAUUUGUACCAAACAAACGGGGCAGGAAGCGUCGAAAGAAUGAACACAGCGAAGUCCACGGCAACGAGCAUCCCGAAGGGGAUGAGAGUGAUGACGACGUUGAAGAUUCGAAGCAAGAUGCGGAUCCAGGCAAUGUGGGAGCGUUGCUCGGGUGACUGCGAGGCCCCGGAUAGAAGACAUCUUGCGAAACAGCAAGCAAGUAGUGUGUACAUGUUAAAGGACCAUCAUGGUACAGUGCCGAGACACUUGAAGCUUUGGGA